AUGGAAGCUAAUAUCCAGCUCAUGAGAGUUAUCCAGGAAAUGCGGGCAGAGAUCAACAAGCUGGAGAAAGAGAAUCAAGCUCUCCGGAUGAAGCUGGCUUCAAGCAGUCAGAGAGCCCCAGGCUCAGGGGGAGAAUCAGGAGAUGAAAGGGAGGAGGAAGUCACAGACCUUGACAACCUCAGAAAAGCACCUGGACAAUCUCCAGCAGUCCUUCUUCAUGGUGGUAUUUCCACUGAUUCAGCACCAGCUAUGCAGGAGCACCAAGGCAAUGUGAUGAUUGUUCGACGCUAUUCCGUUUCUUCACCAAUUCAUUCCUUUGCUGCGAAUGAUCCCUGGAAAGCUGGGAAAAAACAUGCAAAUAAUGGAAUUCUAGAAGCUCAGGGAACAGUUCAAUCCCUGGCCUGUUCUUCAAUUAAGAAGCAAGACAAUGAAGAGAAGAUGUUUGCAGCAGAUUCUUUUACCAGCAAUGGUUCCAGCCAAAGACCUCGUCCUGAGCACACUCUAGGUUGCAGGUAA